ACGGGCCCCUGUACCGCAUUCUCAUACUGCUGCCAGGCUCCGCCACUCUGCCAUGGGCCCCAUUGUACCGCCUCCUCAUGCUGCUGCCAGGCCCCAGUAUAUCUGCCAUGGGCCCCUGUACCGCCUCCUCAUGCUGCUGUCAGGUCCAGAGUGUCUCAUGGGUCCCUGUUACGACUCUCCAUUGCUGCUGUCUCUCAUCACCACACUCUGCCAUGUGCCACUUUCAGGUCUCCUCACACUGCUGGUGGGUUCCAUUUUGUCAUAGGGUGCUGUAUGGCCUCCCAUUCCUGCUGCCUCCACCGCCACACUGUGGCUCCACACUCUGGUUUUGGCCCCGUUGACUGCCCAAAUGAGUGAAGUGUGCGGUGAUUCUAAGAUCGACUCGGCACUACAUCUGCAUGUCAUACUGACUGACGUAUUAUUUCUCUUCCCCAGCAGACUCCAAGGGCAUUUAAAAUUAAAGGUACAGUGUUCUGCACUAAUAUAA